AUGGAACAAGGCCGUAAGAGUCGGGCCUGGAGCUCGAUCGCAAGGCGUUUUCGGUCCAGCGCGGAACGUCUGAGAAUCACCGACGAGAAAAAUUCCCGGAAAAGCGAUGCAUCAACCAUCAAUCCGUCAAUCAUCACUCCGUCGACCAUCAGUCCCUCGAGUCCAGAUAAGCAGGAGGAAUCGAGUGUCAACACGCCGAAUGACCAUUGUCGAUACUCUUCGUCGAUUUACAGCCGGGAUGACAAGGAAGCCUCGGACGUUCAAUCGGUACUGUUGCCUCCUUCCCCAGCAGACGAGACCGUUGACCCCAUGAUGACUACCUCCGCGCGACACACUCACCCUUACCGUGUGAGUGAUAGUGAAUGGAUUCCGGCCUCCGAAGAUCCAUCUACCCCAAGAGCGUCCGUUGUACUGGGCACAGAGGGACUGGACCGGAUGGAAAGGUCCGCCCAUCUUCGCCCAGUGCUCAAAAUCUUCAUUCAGCUCUUUGCCGUGGCCAAGAUCCUCCAUGUUGCGUUUCUGGCCUAUGGCGUGGAGACUGACGAGAAUUACCCGGGGCUUGCCUACUGGAUCAAGUGUGCUGAGGCUGAGGUACGGACUGACUCUCUGGAGACCCUGAUUCAGAUCGUGGAGAACCUGUACUAUGUGCUCUAUUCCAGAAUCAUCCUUGAGAUGUCGGCCAUCGAGUUAUGUGCCCAAUUCAAAAUGGAACCUCGCCCGCGCUCGAACGGCCAUCAAUUCUAUCUACCGGAUCCGAACCAUAUGUAUCGCGUCUUCCUGGCGAUGAAGGACUUGCUUGACUCGCCCAAUGUAUGUGCGCAGCGACACGAGGCCGUUGAGCACAGAUACCAGGAAGACUACAUCCGCCGGCUCUGGCAGAAGGAAACAAACAGGGGAUUCAACAAUGACGACCUGCUAGGCUUUCGCCGAUUUGCGAUGAAUAUCGUGAAUGAGAGGACCUGCGAAUUCACCCUGAAAUGGACUGCUCUUCUUCCAUUCUUCAGCGAGAUCCCAGCCGAGCUGCUGGCAUUGAUCUCCGAGAAAUACUUUGCUAUGGUGCCCAAAGCAGUGCCUGAGAACGACGUGCCUACCACCGCGCUCCCUUUUAUCCACAUGAAGGCUGCUGACUAUGCCCUCUGGGAGAAGGAUAUUAUCAAAGACCAUCGCAUUGCCACCUUGGCCAAGCUGGAAGGUGAAUCGGUGGGUGAUGAGCGCCGCAAAGAUCCGACCUGCCAUCUCUUGCAUCUCGCCAAGCAACGCAAGUGUAUCUGCCACGCGAUCUGCUAUUGCGCCCGCGAAUGCACCUACAAUGUGGAGCGCGCCUGUCCGUGCGCUGAGCGACAGCUUCGCGUGGCGUUGUCCUACUAUCGUAAGGGUCCCGGUCGGUACAAGUUUGAGGCCCGGGUGGACACCCUGGGAUGGGCCUGUUUCCAGGGAUUGGCCAGCCUUCAGCGCAACGUUGAAGAUGAGGAAAUGACUAAGGAACUGUGCAGAGCGAUGCGCCUGUUUGAAUCGGAGAUCACGAAGGAACGUUCGCCCAUUCCUAACUUUUCGCGGAGCUAG